CUAACGUUUCAAGUUCUAGCAAGGAAAUAGUUAUUUGUCCCUCCAAAAUAUGGAAGAAAGUGUAAAACUCAAGAAAGAUAGUCCAAUAAAUCGUGCUUCUCUAUUUUCUCGUCUUAGUUAUCUAUGGAUACUGGAAAGUACUGCUGAUAUCAAAGAUGGAACUCUCCAGGUUGAAGACAUUUGUAAGUGCCCAAAUGAUUUUCUUUCUAAGAUUAACGGAGCCCUUAUGAAGAAAACAUGGGCGGACGAAAUGAAGACAGCUAACAAGCAUUCAUCAAAGCCGAGCCUCUUGAGGGUUACUUUGAAAGCAUAUCGUUAUGAAAUCAUUAAAUUUGUCUUCAUAAAUCUCAUGACCUUUGUAGUUAUCAGAGGCUUACAACCAAUCAUUUUAUCGAAACUGAUACAGCUAUUCAUGGAGAAAAAUUACAAAAUGAGUGAAAUCCUUCUUUACGCUGGAGCAACAUGUGUUUCAAGUUUCAGUUAUUCCCUUUUAUUUCAUUAUGUCAAUUGCGGCCAUGUUCUUCUGGCGCAUAAAAUUCGAGUGGGUAUUUCGUCUUUAAUCUACAAAAAAAUUUUAUGCUUGAGUCAGAGUUCCUUCCAGGAAACUUCGCCAGGACAAAUUUUGAACAUACUUUCGAAUGACAUUCGUAAAAUUGAUGGAUUGCUCUCAUAUCAUUUUUUAUGGAUACUUCCACUACAAAUUUUAGUGAUUCUUUCGGUGUUAUGGCUACAGUUUGGGAUGCAAAUUUUGACAGGAAUGUUGGGAACCAUAAUCAUCUUGAUACCGAUUGAAGUUUAUAUGGCUAGACUGACAGGCAAAAACUGCAAAUUAGCAGUUGAUAAAACUGACGUACGCAUGAGGAUAUUGAACGAAAUAUAUUUCGGCAUGGAAGUUAUCAAAAUGUUCACUUGGGAGGAUCCAUUCAGAGAAAAUCUACAUAAAGCUAGAAAAGAGGAACUGAAAUACAUCAAGAAAUCCUCCUAUAUAAGUGGGUUCAUGGGCAGCUUUAAGUUUCUAACCGAGAAAUUUGUAUUGUUUGCCACUGUUUUGCUGUAUUCCUUCCAUGGAUUUCCUAUCCUGGCGAACAUGGUGUUCACUUUAGGUUUCUGCUUCAAAAUGCUUCAGUACUCUUUCGCAAUAAUGCUCCCAAAAGCACUGACAACAGCCACAGAACUACUGGUAUCAAUUCACCGAUUGGAGGAGUUUUUAUUGAUGGAGGAGAAAGUAGAAAUGCAAAGGGAAAUAGAACAUGAAGGGUUAGUUGGAGAGAUACGUUUAGAGAAAGUAACAGCAUCGUAUGGCAAUGAUGCAAUGAUGAUUUCUUGUCCUUCAGUCGACAUCAGUCAAGGUCAACUUUGUGCUGUUAUUGGAUCAGUAGGAUCAGGAAAAUCAUCGUUUCUCAAGUUAAUCUUAGGAGAACUACCAAAAGUACACGGAACUAUAUCAGUGAACGGCGUGACCUCAUUUUCAUCACAGAAACCUUGGUUAUUUUUAUCUAACAUUCGGAAAAAUAUAGUUUUCGAUCAAGAGAUGGACGAGAGUCGAUAUAGGGAAGUCAUACGAGUGUGUGGUCUCACUGAAGACCUCGAGCAAUUUCCCAAUGGCGACAUGACGAUCGUUGGAAGUAAGGGUGUAUCUUUGAGUGGGGGACAAAGGGCAAGAAUAAACUUGGCCAGGGCAGUUUAUAAAAAAUCUGAUAUAUAUUUACUUGAUGACGUUUUAUCAGCUCUAGAUGUCAGGGUUGGAAAGUUCGUAUUCGAGGAAUGCAUACUUAAGUUUCUGGCAGGAAAGACUAGAAUUUACGUAACUCAUCAAUUGCAAUAUUUGAGAGACGCAGAUCUGAUACUUAUUUUUAAUGAGGGAACUCUAAAUGCCCAAGGGGGUUUUGAAGAAUUAUCCAAUGGGGAAGCAAAUUUCUUACAGAUAUUUCCUUCUGCUCAAGAUUCAACAGCAGAUAAUGAUCACAAUGAAACAUCUCCACAAAGGAGGAAUUCUUUUGACAUAUCGAAAAGUUCAACUUUACCAGUGAAAAGUUCCUUAUCAGUUCUGAACAAAGGCAUGGAUGAGAAACAAAAAUUGGAGAAUAAAACGAAAAAUCGUAGAUCAGUGUUUUGGGCAUACGUUGCAUCGUCGGGGAAUAUGGUCGGUGUUGCCUUAGUCAUAUCAUUUUGCCUAUUUGGACAGUUCUUUACGGUAAUUUCUGAAUAUUGGUUAACAUUUUGGUCAGAACAAGAAGUGUUGAGAAAGAAUGUGGAGAUAAAAUUAACAAAUGAAACAACUCGAUUGCAUACUCCGCAUUCCUUCGAGAAGUUUCUGAAUCAAGGAAUGUUCAGUGAAUGGGUUGAACAUGUUUCGUUGGGCAACAGGGAACAUAUAGUAUUGGAGAUUUCGAAGCUAAGGUUAAUUUAUUCUUUGUUAUUUGCGAUAUUGUCGAUGAUGGUUAUUGCGAGAUCAUGUCUAUUGACAAUAUUAUGUAUGAAGUCUGCACGAAAUGUACAUGAAAAAAUCGUUCGUACAUUCUUCACAGUACCUCUCGGAUUUUUCCAUACGAAUCCUGUCGGGUACACUGUCAAUAUAUUCUCGAGAGAUAUCGCUAACGUUGAUUGGCAGCUUCCGAUGUCGUUGUUGAGCACCAUUGGGCUGAUACCUACGAUUAUUGGUUCCCUCAGUUUGAUUUUCAUCACUAAUCCCUAUAUGAUUGCCCUGUUAUUACCGAUGAUUUGGACAGCUAUGACGAUAAGAAAAUGGUACAUCAAUUCUUUCUUAACGUUUAGGCGAAUGGAAGCAAAAGAGAAAUCCCCAGUCUUCUCGUAUGUGAGCUCUACAAUUGACGGAAUCAAUACAAUCAGAGCUACCAAGAGUGAAAAUUGUCUUAUCGAACAAUUCAACGAAUAUCAGGACAUUCAUACGUCUGCAUCAUUUCUGGCAUAUAUUUGCUCUAGCGCUUUCGGACUGUGGUCAGAUAUGGUGUGUGUUUUCUUUGUAUGCUGCCUGCUGGUGGCUUUCAUCAUCAUGGACAAAUAUAUCUAUAUCAGUGGAAGUUUUAUUGGUCUAGCAAUAUACCAAUCGAUAGGGAUUGUGGGUUUAUUCCAAUUUGGAAUGAGAUCAUAUUCCGAAGUUUUACAUAAUUUGACUAGCGUUGAAAGAAUUCUAGAGUACGAUAAAUUGGACAAAGAAGUGGAAACCGUUGAAAAUCAUGAAAUUUCGAGUAAGUGGCCCAAAGACGGGAGAAUCAAAAUUGAGAACUUAUAUUUGAGCUACAACAAGGAUGAAGGCCCUGUUUUGCAGGAUUUGAACCUCGACAUCUUGCCAUGUGAAAAGAUUGGUAUUUCAGGAAGGACCGGUGCAGGCAAAUCUUCCAUAAUAUCAGCCCUAUUUCGCUUGACGCCAUUCGAAGGAACUAUACUCAUAGAUGGGGUGGAUACCAAAACAAUUCCAUUGCGAAAAUUGAGAGAAAAGAUUUCUAUCAUACCGCAAGAGCCUAUACUUUUUUCUGCUUCUAUCAGAUAUAAUAUGGAUCCGCUCAAUAAGCAUACAGAUGUAGAGAUUUGGCGGGCUUUAGAGGCAGUUGAGCUGAAGGAAACCAUACCAUCUUUGGACUAUGAGGUAACUCAAGGAGGCAAUAAUUUCAGUGUAGGCCAAAAACAACUCAUAUGCUUGGCGAGAGCUCUACUGAAGAAAAACAAAAUUGUAAUAUUAGAUGAAGCAACUGCCAAUGUGGAUUCUAGGACUGACGAAUUGAUUCAGAAGGCAAUAAGAAUAAAAUUCAAGAAUUGCACAGUAUUAACUGUGGCCCACCGUUUAACGUCAAUUAUGGAUUCCGACAGAAUCUUGGUCAUGGAAGCUGGGCGAGUCAUAGAAUUCGAUCGGCCAAAAGUUCUUCUUCAGAAUCCGGAUGGCAGGUUUUACAAACUGGCGACAGAAAUGAAUUCGAGCUUAGCAGAAUCUAAAGUAGACGUCAGUCAAGAAAAUGAUCAGCCAAGAAUAUGAGGACUUCAUGAUCCAUUGUUGAUAGAACUGUAGAUUGAAAAUGUUCCUCUUUUACAAUGAAUGCGUUGAAUAUAAAAUUCAAAACUGUA